UUUGUUUAUAAUGUUCGGUGUGGCAUUAAGUUGAUAUACGCGUGAUUCACUGAGAUUUUUUUAUCUUUUUAAUGUCUAAUUUUUCGUUUUUUUAACUAAAAUCAUAAAUUUAAGAAAUAAGAGAAAAAAAUGGAAAAUUCAUUACCGUAUAAAGUUACGUAUUCAACCGGUAAUCAGAUCUGCAACAAAUGUCACACACAAAUUUUAUUAAACUGUUUACAAAUAGCAGUAAUGACACAGUCCGUUGAAGAUGAUUUUCGAUUCCCUGUGUGGCAUCAUAAAAUUUGCUUCUUUACAUCCUAUCUACCUCAAACUGUAGCCGCAUUUGAUGGUUUUACCAAGCUUAGAUACAUCGAUCAAAUUGCAAUCAAAGAAUGUAUAGGUAUUUUUGAGCCCGAAAAUGUGACACAAGAAUAUAAAUUGUCAGAUUUUUGGAUUAGCAGAGGUCCGACCAGGGACUCAUGUGCUGGAUGCGAUAAGAAAAUUUCUCAAAGUGAAAUUCAAAUUAUGAAAAUAGUUUUGGACACAUCGGAUACCGUUGGUAAGGCAACAUGGUGGCAUGCAAUUUGCUUUGUUCGUACAGGAUCUCAUCUUGGUUGGCCUUUGUCAGCUGAUCUAUUGCCGGGUUUCAAAAGACUAGGAGAGGAAGACAAAGACGCCGUCAAACAUCAAAUGCCGUACGGGGCGUUGAGACGAAUUUUUAAACCGCCUAAACAGAAGGACGAUGUAGAAAUGGUUAUAGAAAUGGAUAUAGAAAUGGAUGUAGAAACGGAUGUAGAAAUGGAGGAAGUGGAAAAAAUCAUUGAAAAACAAAACAUGGAAUAUUAUAAGUUGUAUGAUAAGCUCGCAAGGAAUGUCUCGAAAAAGUAUCAAAUUGAAUUCCUAAAAGAAAACAAUCAAAUGGUUCCCAAAACUGACAGUGAUAUUUUACAUCAAUUAACGGAUGUUAUCAUGUUUGGUGCUUUAAAACCAUGUAAAAUAUGUGAACAUGAACGGAUGAUAUUCGGUAAUUCGGCGUAUGUUUGUGCAUAUACAAAUGAUUGGGGAAAAUGCGGUUGGGAAACGAGGGAACCAGAACGAUAUCCAGUUAAAAUACAUAAAAAAUUUACAAAUAAAUAUCCAUCUCUAAAAAUAAAGCCUUCGGUUCGGCAGCGUGUAUACAACGUGUUUCGACUAACAGACGAAAAUGGGACUGACCUAAUUUAUGCGCAUGAUUGUGAAUCUGAGAUCGUCGAAGCCAAUGACUUUGAAAUGGAAGUCGAUUCCGAAAAACAUUUAGCAGAGGGAAAAGAGACACAAAAAAAUGGUCCAUUUUUAUCUGUAAAAACCAAAUGCAUGAGGGAAUGGGCUGGAGAUGAGCGUGCUCGUAUCGAAAUGAUUGGAAAAAACAUGAAAAAAGAUGAAGACUACACAAAUUUAUUGCCAGAAAAAAUAACAUUCAAAGUAACAGGUGGACGUGCGAUCGAUCCGGGGUGUCAUGAAUUUGAUUUGAAUUUAAAUCGAAUGCGAGUCUAUUCAUGUAAAUUAGACAAGGGCGAAUUGGAAUACACAGCUGUUUUGGGUCUAGUCGACAUUGAAAACAAUCGAAAUUCAUACUACCGUAUGCAAUUGCUAGUGGAGCAUAUAACAAUUUCUACAUUUCAUUCCGUUUUUUGGGUAUUCGAAACAUGGGGUCGCAUAUCGACAGUCAUUGGUUCGAAACGACUUCAAUUAUUUGAAACUAUCGAAGAAGCCCGCACAACAUUUAACACAAUUUAUGAAGAAAAAACAGGAAACCCAUUCGAACUUAAACAAUUCAUCAAAUGGCCGGAAAAAUAUUAUCAUUUGGAAAUUGAUUUGGGUUUGAAACCAAAAGUGCCGCUAAAAUCAUUUCCGACCAAACUAAAUCCACCGCUGUUCCAAUUAAUGCAAAUCAUUUUCAAUAUUAAUCAAAUGGAAAACGUGAUGAUCGGUUGUGAUGUAGACUUAAAGCAAAUGCCUUUGGGAAAGAUAAGUGCUCAAGGAAUCCGUUCGGCAAUGAAUGUUCUCAGGCACAUUGAACAAUCGAUAAGCCAAAAUAAUUCAUAUAGCCAACUACGUGAAGCGUCAAAUAAGUUUUAUACGCUGAUUCCACAUGCGUUUGGUAUAAAACGCCCACCGGUUAUCGAUUCAAUGGAAGUAGUCAUUGCAAAAAAUGAAAUGUUGGAAAGUUUACUAAACAUGGAAUUAAUUUAUCGUUUCCUUGAUGAAGAAAACGGCGAAAAAAUGAAUAUACUCGAUGCUUGCUAUCUAAGAUUAAAAACCGACAUCGUAGCUGUGAACAAAAAUUCAGCUGUAUUUAAAAAACUCGUUGAUAUAAUUAAAACUACACAUGGACCAACACACGAUAACUUCACACUGGAAGUUCUUGAAAUAUUCAAAGUUCGACGGCACGGUGAAGAUAAUCGAUUUGAGAAGUGGAAAGACGUGAGCACUCAGCUACUUUGGCACGGGUCAAGUUCAAUGAAUUUCGUUAGUAUUUUAGCGAAUGGAUUAAAAGUGGCUCCUCCCGAAGCAAAACAUAAUGGUGAUAUGUUUGGCGAGGGUAUUUAUUUCACUGACGUUGUUUCGAAAGCAACCAACUACUGUCAGGCACAAAAAACAGAUAACAUCGGUUUUGUUUUAUUGUGCGAAGUGGCCAUAGGUCAAGUUCGAUGUUUAUAUGAGUCCAAUAAAAUUGAAGAUCAUAUUCCAAAUGAUACAUAUCAAUCUGUUCAAGGGUGCGGCCAAUAUCAAACAUCAAAGAAUUCAAAAAUCAAUGGCAAACUAAUUAAAACUGGCAAACUUAUUAAAAAACGAUUUAUCACAUCACUAACAUACAACGAAUUUGUUGUCUAUGAUCCUGGACAAGUGAAAAUUGAAUACAUGAUAAAACUUAAAUUCAAUUACACCGAGAAAAAGAACUUUCCAUAAAAAUUAAUGAAUUUUUUUUAGAUUAAGAAUGACGCAUACAAAUUUAUGACGAUAAUAUAUAUUUUGAAACAUUUUUUCCACUUCAGUGAUGACUUUAUUUUUUCAAGAUUUUCUCAUAUACGUGAAAUUGCUGGAUAAGUUACGUAAAGCGUUUGAGCUUAAAUCCAAGUCAAUCAAAAAUUCUC